CCGCAAAACAGGAAGGGCAGUAAAGAAACAAUGGCCGCAAGACUACAGUGCAGAAACCUGUUACGGCAAUUCGCCCGUUCAGCCUUCGUGCAACCAUCAAGAACAUAUGCCACCAUUCCAGCACCACCACCAGCAGGCCUGCACAACCCCUCCAUCAAAAUCGACACCCCCGCACACACAAAUACCACGGGCCUCGUCCCUCUGAAGGGCUGGGAGAGUCGCAAGACCUACCUUCUCCACAACUACGCCAAGCUCCUCCUCGAGCAACCACUAAUCCUCAUCGCCCAGCACAACGCCGUUAACGCCGAGGAAUGGGGUGCCUUCAGAAAUCAGGUCGCAAAGGUCGGUGGUAAGUUGCAGGUUAUCCGGACACAUAUCUUUAAGGCGGGGUUGAGGAACGUGAACUACAUGAAGAAGGAAUUGCCGCAGGAGCAAUGGGCUACGACCGAUGCGACGGCUCAGUGGCUUUCUGAGGCUGCGAAGGAUGUCGAUGAUCCGUUGAUGGAGCUUUUCGUUGGUCCUCUUGCUACGAUCACCCUCGCCGAACCCGCCCAGGGGUUCCAGCCCGAGGUCUUGAAGAAGGUCAUGGACAUCUGCAACAAAUCGCAGAACAAGCUCGUCCUUCUUGGUGGACGUAUGGAGAGCAGCCCCAUGGAUCUCACAGACUUGGAGCGCGCCAAAGCGCUACCAAACUUGGAGGGUAUGCGCGCGCAGUUGUUGGGAUUGUUGAGCAGCCCUGCCAGUGGGUUGGGUCGUGUUUUGUCGGCGUCUGGAUCGAGGAUUUACUUUACACUUGAAAGCAGGAGGAUUGGUAUGGAGAAGGAGGCGAACCCUGAGGGUGCUACUGCUGAGGAGAAGGCCUAGAGAGGGAAAAAGGGUAUGUAUAGGAAGGACAAGACAAGGCAUAAUACAAAACUUUGACCUC